AUGACCGCCUGCAAGUCCGCGAUGACACCGGUGGACACAUCACCGAAGCUUGCCGCCAUCACCGGUGCCCCUGUCAACGACCCGACCGAGUACCCGAGUCUCGCCAGUGCUCUUCAGUACCUCACCUUCAUGCGACCGGACAUCACGUACGCCGUUCAGCAGGUGUGUAUUCACAUGCAUGACCCUCGCGAGCAGCACCUGGCGGCCAUCAAGCGCAUCUUGCGCUACGUCAAGGGCACGAUCUCUCAUGGACUCCAGCUUCACUCUUCAUCACCGCAUUCUAUGGUCACCUACACCAACGCCGAUUGGGCCGGCUACCCCGACACUCGUCGUUCCAUGUCGGGGUUUUGCUUCUACCUCGGUGACAACCUCGUCUCAUGGUCUUCUAAGCGGCAACACACGAUAUCUCGCUCUAGCGCCGAGGCUGAGUACCGCGCUGUGGCUAACGCCGUCGCCGAGGCUAGUUGGAUCCGCCAACAUUAG